ACAGAAAACUAGAAAGAAAAAGAAGCCAGGAGGGUGCUACGUAGAAACCUUUUGUCCUUCGGAUUCUGAGGAUUCCGUGGACAAAUCAAGGGGCACGUUUUGCAGAAGUGUGUGGUGAAGCAGAAGUGAUUCUGCCAGAAGCCUUCUGGAAAGCAACUAUGGAGAAUCAAGAGGGACUCUAUCUGCAGACAAGGCAAGUCCUGCUUCUCUUUGUUUUCCUAGGAAUGUCUCAAGCACACUCUGAGGCUGGGAGACUUUCAGUGGUGGAGGAAAUGCUGAGUGGGGCCUUGGUAGGGAAUUUGGUAAAGGACCUGGGGCUCCAGGUGGAUGAGCUGUCUGCACGAGAGGCUCAAGUGGCCUCUAGUGAUAAUAAACUGCCUUUGCAAUUGAACAUAAAUACAGGAGAUUUGCUCCUUAGUGAACCGCUGGACAGGGAGGAGCUGUGUGGCUCCACUGAGCCCUGUGUGCUCCAUUUCCAGGUGUUACUGAAAAACCCCUUAAAGAUUUUGCAAGCUGAGCUUCAGGUCACGGAUGUAAAUGACAACUCCCCCGUAUUCUUGGAAAAGGAGAUGGUUUUAGAAAUCCCAGAGAACAGCCCUGUUGGUGCUGUGUUCUUGUUGGAAAGUGCGAUCGAUUUAGAUGUAGGAAUCAAUGCUGUUAAAAGCUACGAGAUAAGCCAGAACUCUCAUUUCCACGUUACCAUGAGAGUUAAUCCCGAUGGCAGGAAAUACCCAGAGCUAGUUUUGGACAAGGCGCUGGAUUACGAGGAGCAGCAUGAGCUUCGUCUCAUCCUCACUGCUUUGGAUGGAGGGACGCCACCCAGGUCUGGGACUGCAUUGGUCCGAGUGGAGGUCAUAGAUAUUAACGACAACUCCCCCGAGUUUGACCACAUGUUCUAUGAAGUGACGGUUCCAGAGAAUAGCAUGCUUGGCUCACUGCUUAUCACUGCCUCGGCUUGGGAUUUAGACUCAGGAAUUAAUGGUGAAGUAUCGUACGCCUUUUCCCAUGCAUCAGAGGAUAUUCGAAAAACAUUUGCAAUUAAUGAACAUUCUGGAGAAAUACGUUUAAAAGGCUAUUUGGACUUUGAAACAACUGAAUCCUACUCGAUAAUCAUUAAAGCUACUGAUCGGGGAGGACUUUUUGGGAAAUCUACAGUAAGAAUUCAGGUGAUGGAUGUGAACGACAAUUUUCCUGAAAUCAUUGUGUCAUCGUUUAUCAGUCCAAUCCCAGAAAAUACCGCAGAGACUUUAGUUAUGAUUUUUAGCAUUCGAGACAAGGACUCGGGUGAGAAUGGCAAGAUGGUGUGUACUAUUCCGGAGGGUCUCCCGUUUGUGCUAAAAUCUUCUAUUGAAAAUUACUACCACUUAGAAACGGAUGGAGCACUGGACAGAGAGAGCAUAGCUGAAUACAACAUCACCAUCUCUGUUACAGACCUGGGCACACCCAGGCUCACAACCCAGCACACCAUAAUAGUGCAGGUGGCCGACAUCAAUGACAAUGCCCCUGCCUUCACCCAAACCUCCUAUACCAUGUUUUUCCAUGAGAACAACAGCCCUGCAUUGCACAUAGGCACCAUCAGCGCCACAGACUCUGACGCUGGCUCCAAUGCCCACAUCACCUACUCGCUGAUGUCUGCUCAGGACCUUCAAAUGGCCCUCUCCUCGCUAAUCUCCAUUAACGCUGACAACGGGCAGCUGUUCGCGCUCAGGGCGCUGGACUAUGAGGUCCUGCAGGCCUUCGAGUUCCAAGUGGGUGCGACAGACCGAGGCUCACCUGCACUCAGCAGCCAGGCUCUGGUGCGCGUGGUGGUGCUGGACGACAAUGACAAUGCGCCCUUCGUGCUCUACCCGAUGCAGAACGCCUCUGCUCCCUGCACAGAGCUGCUGCCCAGGGCGGCGGAGCCCGGAUACCUGGUCACCAAGGUGGUGGCUGUGGAUCGCGACUCUGGCCAGAAUGCCUGGCUGUCGUUCCAGCUGCUCAAGGCUACAGAGCCAGGGCUGUUCAGCGUGUGGGCACACAAUGGCGAGGUGCGCACCACCAGGCUGCUGAGCGAGCGCGAUGCACCCAAGCACAGGCUGCUGCUGCUGGUCAAGGACAAUGGCGAUCCUCCGCGCUCUGCCAGCGUCACGCUGCACGUGCUAGUGGUGGAUGGCUUCUCUCAGCCCUACCUGCCUCUGCCAGAGGUGGCGCGCAAUCCAGCGCACGAAGAGGACGCCCUAACACUCUACCUAGUCACUGCCUUGGCAUCUGUGUCUUCGCUCUUCCUCCUCUCUGUAAUGCUGUUUGUGGGAGUAAGGUUGUGCAGGAGGGCCAGGGCAGCCUCUCUGGGUGGCUGUACUGUGCCUGAGGGACACUUUCCUGACCAUCUCAUGGGCAUUAACAGUGCGGGAACUCUGUCCCAGAGCUACCAGUAUGAGGUGUGUCUGAUGGGAGGUAGUGGGACAAAUGAGUUCAGAUUCUUGAAGCCAGUUUCCCCCAAUUUACAACCUCAGUUCCCUGGGAAAGAAAUAGAGGAAAGCUCUACUUUGCGCAAUAGUUUUGGGUUAUUUAGGGACUGUAAUUGAUGCUGUAUUUUAUUUUGUGGCUAUUCCAUGCUAAUGUGUAUUUCUCCGAAUUUGCAUGAUCUUUAAAUCUAAUGUUUGCAUUUUAUUAUGUCCCUCCCACUUUUCAAUUUAUGCCAGCGCUUGUAAUAAGAUGGUAAUUUAUUCUGUAGCCCAUUCUCUCUGAUGACCUAACUCGUAAAAAAUUUACCCUGCUCCCCUUCCCACCUGUCUUUUCCAACACUUUGACUUGCAUUUUUGCUUAUGAUGAAAUAAACAGACCAUUUUAGGAGUAGUUAAAAAUUUUAAGCAUAUCUUUUGUUAACUUGUGGCUUGUUAUUAUGGGUGCUAUUUUCAAGAAAACUUUUUUAAAGCACCCUAGUUUAAUUUUUUAAUGUUUGUUACUAUUGAAUAUAUUGAUUGCAUUGGAAAAUCUAUUCUGUGGUACAACUAUUAGGCCUGUUGAGAAGGAGCCAAUAGUGAGUUUGGGGACAGCUCAGUGAUAGAUACCCAAAUAGAUAAAAACACAUAAUAAACAAGUGGGGACAGGUGGUGGUAAGCUCCUUACUAACACUAUCUUAUGUAUUCUGGAAGGUGGCUACAGGGGUACAUGAAUACUGGGGUUACUUAUAAAAUCUUGAAAUAUAAGGCCUUAAUUUUACAAGUGUCUCACUAACUUUAUGAGGACAGAAUGUAAGCCAGGUGGAAGAAAUGGCACCUAAACAAUCCUGUGAAUAGGAGAAAGCAAGCCUGUGAGAUAAUAUACAAUUUUGCUUAUGUUCCCCCAUGAAAUAAAGGAAUGUGCACUGAGUACUAAUUCACAAGUACACACAUUUGCUGUGCAUAUUAUGCAACAUUCAAAUCUAAUGGAAAGAGUACUUAGUCUAUUGUGAGUUUGAAACUUCCUCUCUUAUUCUAUUGCUUGAAUUUCCUGAUAUGGUCAUAAGCCACUGAGUCUGUCUCAGAUUCCACUGAAGAGCAGCAUCCAAAAGUAUGAUGACCACAUUUUUUUAACAUAUGAAUGUGUCAUGUCCUAAUUGUAAAUAAUAAUAAUAAUAAUAAUAAUAAUAAUAAUAAUUUCAACCACCACAGGGGAGAGUUUUAUCUUGGGUAGAGAAUGACCAGUCUAUAACAGUUCUUGUCCUUGAAGACUGACAAUUACUGGGAAAUAUAAUUGUUUUACAUGAAUAGUACGUACGUAAUUACAGGGAAAAUGUAACGGUUGAGAGAGGAAGUCUCCUGUGAAUUUCCUAACAAGUCUAAAGUCUGUAUUUCUAGAAGGAGGAAAAUGAGAGAUGAUGAGCAUCAUGGAGAGAGAAAGAUGGUAAAGACGUGACAAUAAAGGAUGUGAGGGCGAACUAAGAGAAUGCUCCCCAUCCCAUGGACUAGAGACAGCGUCUGCCAGAAACAUUCUUUCAAAGAAACUUAACACUGUGUUACUUAACAUUUUAAUUAGUUAGUUAAAACCCCUCCCACAUCCAAGACAACCCAGUGUUUAUACUUUUUGAAAGAUUCCAUUGCAUUAUUAGUCCCUCAAACUAUGGAAUCUUUGCAUCCACGCAAAAUGUGCAUAUGGGCUAAUUAAGUUUAAUUUCUUACUUUGGAAAGUAUAAGUUGGAAACAGAAAGUCUUUUGGCAGUUAUCUAAGGCUGGGAAAAUGUGUAGGAAUGGAGAGUAGUUGGGUACAAUUUAUGUGGGGGAUAAAUUGGAAAUGAUUUUAAAUUAGAAAUACUACUAAUAGUUGUAGAGUUCUACAACUAUAGGAAUAAGCACUGAGCUGUAUAGCUCAAGUGUGUGAGAUACUAUGAUGACUCUAUUUCAACAAAGACGUUUAAAGCAAUAGAGAACAACUCUAGAAGACUAUGAUUCCACGUAAGCUAGGUCUUCUUUAAACCACCCAGGCACAGGAGUUGUACAGACAGGAGAGCAGACUCAACAGAAGGUCCAGGUAACUGUCUUGUUGCUUCAAGCUUUUCCAGACAUAUGAGCACCAAGACCUCUCUAUUUUUGAAGGAACUGUGUUUCCUAACUCUAGUGGAGAGUAACCAAGACUUCACUUUUGGGAGCUUCUGUGUUCACAUACAAGUCACUAACCAAUUUUCUAAAAUGUGAGCUUUUCAGCAGUCAGUCUCUGAGCCAACAAUUACAUCUGAUGAAUAAAAGUUACCCUUACAUUAACGAAGGGUAGUUUCAUUUUCUUUGCAACCAUUCUACUGAAAAUUCUAUUUUAAAGGUCAUAAAUAAUGUCUAUAAACACUAAAUAACACUCUGUCACCAAAAGAAAGAGAUGCAACUACACAUUGCUUUGUAAUGUCUUUCUCUUUCUUGUGACGGUGUCAAUGAAAAUGGUUGUAUAAAGGGAGCAACUUUGCCCUCGUGGUUCUUCUAGAAUCAGAUUUCACUCCAAAUGACUGCUCCAGCAUUGUCUAUGGCAAACUAAUAGUCUGUAUGGCUGCAACUUCUAGCUGUCGUACCUGUGUUCUAGAUGGCUUGGGGAAAGGAUGGUCAUUUAGAACUCUUCUGUCCCAGACAAAAUAGAAGUAAAGACAGUUGUCAAUCCAUCUGUAAAAUUGCCAAGGUCAAACAAAACCACAAAGAGGCAGGUCAGCUAAGUUGUCGUGUGUCUUAGUUACCUUUCUAUUUCUGUGAUAAAACAUAUGAUCAUGGCAACUUAUUCUAAAAAAAAAAAAUGCUUAACUCUGGACUUACAGUUUCAGAGGGUUAGAAUCCAGGAUGGCACAGCAAAUGUUUGCUGGCAGGAACAGCUGAGAGCUCACAUCUUGAUCUGCACAUUGGAAGCAGAGAGAAAACUCUAGGAAUGGUGUGAGUGUUUUGAAAUCUCAAAGCUCCAAUGACACACUUCCUCCAACCAGGCCAUACCUCCUAAUCCUUUCCAAGUAGUUCUACCAGGUAGGGAUCGAGUAUUCAAACAUAGAAGCCCAUGGCAAGCAUUCUCAUUCAUACUUCAACAUUGUGUGUUUGGGUACGUGUAGAAGCAUGGUACAUAUUUUAGCAGUCAUCUAUCAGGGUCAACCACAAAUACUGCUUUAAAUACAAUAGACAAUGUUAACAUUUACUUUAUUCUUGACUUUGAGGUAUUUGCUGCUGGUUUUCUUGGUCUUUUUAAAGUCUGAUUGUCUUUCAAAGAAUGAUUUUGAAGCCGUAGUCUUUUUUUGUUUUAAGAAAGAUACUCGUUUUUCUUUUUCCUUUUUUCUUUUAAAUAAGUGAAGGUUGGCUCUACUGCCCUGUGUACAAGGAAAUUCACAGACACUAUUUAAAAAAAGUAAGACUAGCACUUGUCCGUGAACUACAUACUCAUAUAUUUUAAAUUAUUCCUGGAUUAGGUAUAAUACCCAAUACCUAGUAACAAGAGAGUAUCAUACAUACUCAAUAUAAAUGAAAUUUGGUGGCUAUGUUGUAAUUGUUAUAUUUAAUUUUAUUUUGGAGAUAAGGAUUGAACCAGGACUUCAAUGAGCAUAUCAUACACUCACAUCACUACUGAGGUAAUGCCACAUAAAUUACUUGUUUUCUCUUAAAAGACUUUUAGUUAAUUUUCUUCUGGUUGCUCUGCAAAUGUCAGCUUACAAAUUUCAGUGACUAAAACCUUUGGAGGCAACACUAUAGAUAAGGAGACAAAGGUACAUACUUUCUCCAGGUCUAUAGAGCGUGAGUGACAGAACCAUGAUUCAGUGUUCCUAAAUAUUAUCCAUUUCCUAGGGUGCAGUUACAUGUCUCUUCAAGAUGUUUCUGUUAUUCUUUACCUCUGCAGUGUUAUAUCUUUAGUUACUAGCUAAUCGAUUUUUUAUUCCCUUCAAGUUCCAUAGAAAGAUCAUCUUACUGUGUCAUAUCCUCCCAUAUGCACAUGAGCACAUGUUUGUAUGCAUGUGUGUAUAUGUGUCUUCAGACACCGUGUCCCUACAUACUCUCAGUGAUGCAUAUGUGUAUAUGUGUCUUCAGACACGGUGUCCUUACAUACUCUCAGUGACAUGGAGCUCACUGUGUAGACCAUACUCACCUUAAACUCUAUAGGUCCCCCUACUUCUGCCUUUCAAGUGUUGGCAUUGAAGGUUUGAGCCACUGCACCUUACUGUGUUUUUAAUGUAAAAGCAAGGAAUCCAAUAUUACCUUGUCUUAAGUUCACUACUAACAAAGAAGUAGUGUGUUGUGUAGUUUUCAUGACUCAUGAGUGUAUGUUUGUGUGUAAGUGUAAAUGGUAAUGUAAUUGGAUAAUGAACUCACCCCAACAAAUAUUUACCAAAGCGGUGGUAAAUAUUUGUAACUACUAAAGAAUUGUCAUGAAAUAAAUAUUUUUUAUUAAUUUGGGGACACUUUAUUGUAUCUUUUUGAGCUGAACAUUCAAAGCACUAAUGAUUUCAUACAGAGUAUGGUCUGUGUUUGGAUUCCAAUUCAAACAAACCAACAACACAAGACAUUUUGUAGAAAAACGGGAAAGCUCAAACAGACUGAGUUAUAAGCUAUAUGCAAAAAGUAUUUCUACACAUCUAUUGUGGUAAUGAUUUGUAAUUAUAUUUUAAAGGCUUUGAUAAUUAUAAAUAACAGAUGAAUAUUUAGAAAUAAAUGCAAUCUAUGUGA